UGAUAUAUCAAUAUAUCAUACCAACAUAGACACGCAAACCUUAUCAUCUCUUAAAGUCUCCACUACAGCCAAUCAUGACGGACGGUAUUAUCUCCAGUGUUGUGGAUCAGCUGUUCAUCAUCAUCAAGGACCAAAUCCGGGAGCUAAGAACAGUGUUGGGUGUGGAGAAGGAGAUCAAAAACCUCUCAUCAAAGCUAAAGAAAAUCAGGGAGGUGUUGGGUGAUGCCGAGAGGAGAAGCUUCAAGGAAAAGGGCGUCAAGCUGUGGGUGGAAGAGAUCCAAGACUUUUGCUACGAAGUGGAAGAUGUUCUGGACGAGUGGAACACCAGAAGUCGCAGACAACAGAUGGAGAGGUCUUUCCUGCCAGCAGCUUCUUCUUCCUGUUUCCAUUUCAAAAGGUUUGUUAUGCAUCGAGACAUUGCCAAGAAAAUAAAGAAACUUGAUUCCAGACUUGAUCAGGUUAUGAAAGACAAAGAUCUGUACAAUUUUGUUGCUGUAACUCACAAUUCUGACGUUCAAGAAUCGAAGCGAGUAGCCACUACUACUACUUCAUUUGUGGAUGCAUCAGAGAUUCAAGGUCGGGAUAUUGAUGCCAGUAAUGUAAUUAGAGAGUUGGUGAAGGAUGACGAGGGAGAAGAAGCAAUCAGAAAUGGAAAUGGUCCCCUUGUUAUUUCCAUAGUGGGCGCGGGAGGGAUUGGAAAAACUACACUUGCUCAACUAGUGUAUGGGGAUCAACAGAUAAAGACUCAUUUUCAUGAAAGGGUGUGGGUUUGUGUUUCACACCCUUUUGACCAGAUCAAGAUUGCAAAAGCCAUUGUUGAGUCAACCACUAAAAGCUCCGAAAAUCUUUCUGAUCGACUGCAAGUGUUACUGGAAAAAAUCCAAAGCACUUUGUCACAGAAAAGGUUCCUACUUGUGUUGGAUGAUGUGUGGACAGAGCAAUAUUCAAAGUGGGAGCCAUUGAAGAACUCUCUUAAGGUUGGACUCCCCGGGAGUAGAAUCUUGGUGACCUCAAGAAGUGAGAGGGUUGCAAGAAUGAUGGCAAGUGUGUAUCUGCAUCGGGUGAAGCUCAUAUCCGACUUUGAUGCUUGGAUGUUGCUUAGCAGGAUAUCAUUUUCCGGGAGAAGCGGGGAGGCUUAUUCUGAGAAACUGAAAGAUAUUGGUCAGAAAAUUGCUCGAAGGUGCCGAGGAUUGCCACUUGCUGUUAAGGUCAUGGGAAGCCUGCUACGUUUAAAAGACACUGAAGAGGAAUGGCAAAAUGUUUUAUCUAAGCUGGAUAUUAAAUUUUGGAAUUUGGAGGAAGUGGAAACAGAUCUCUUUCCUCAUUUGUAUCUAAGCUAUGAUGAUUUAACUUCAGAGAUGAAGCGAUGUUUCUCAUAUUGUGCUGUGUUUCCCAAGGAUUAUGAAAUAGAGGUAGAUAAGCUCAUCAGAAUUUGGAUGGCACAAGGUUAUCUCACAACAACAAAUGGCAGUAGUGAUCGUAUGGAACAAAAAGGCCGGGAGGUUUUUGGAAAUUUAGCAAUGCGUUCUUUGUUCCAAGAUUUGGAGAAAGAUGACAGGAAUUCCAACAUCAUAUCUUGCAAAAUGCAUGACAUAGUGUAUGAUUUUGCCGAGUUUUGUACCAGAAAUGAAUGUUACAGUAUUGGCAGUCGACAUGAAGAUAAGGUGAAAAUUGAAAAAUUACGUCAUCUGUCAUGGCAGAAAACCGGAAGGCUUAUGGAUCCGGCUUCCAUUUGUGAUGUCAUUGGAAAACUUUGCAGCUUUUUUGCUGAACACCUCUCUCCAGAACAACUUACACAUGAUUUGUUCAAUCAUUUGAAAUCUGUGAGAGUAUUAGGAUUGCGUGGCUGUAAACUGCAGAAACUCCCAAAGGAAGUAGGAAAUUUGCAUCACCUAAGGUACAUUGAUUUAAGUUAUAGCAAAGUAGAGAAGUUACCUGAUGCAAUUUGCUUUUUGGAUAAUUUGCAAACUCUAGAUCUUGAAGGAUGUGAAUGUCUUUCCAAAUUAUCCGAAGGGAUUGGAAAUUUGUCUCACCUAAGGUACAUUGAUUUAAGUAAGAGCAAUAUAGAUGAAUUACCUGAUACAAUUUGCUCUUUGGAUAACUUGCAAACUCUAAAUCUAGGAGGAUGUAAGCGUAUUUCUAGACUACCUCAAGGGAUUGGAAAAUUGCGUCGCCUAAAGUACAUUGAUUUAAGUAAGUGCAAUAUAAAUGAGUUACCUGAUACAAUUUGCAAUUUGGAUGACUUACAAACCCUAAAUCUUAGAGCAUGUAAGCGUUUUUCUAGAUUACCUGAAGGGAUUGGAAAUUUGCGUCAUCUAAGAUUCAUUGAUUUAAAUUGGAGCAAAGUAGAGGAAUUACCUAAUACAAUUUGCUCUUUGGAUAAUUUGGAAAUUCUAAAUCUUGGAGGAUGUCAACAUCUUUCUAGACUACCUGAAGGGAUUGGAAAUUUGCGUCAUCUAAGAUACAUUGAUGUAAGUUGGAGCAAAGUAGAAGAGUUACCUAAUGCAAUUUGCUUUUUGGAUAACUUGCAAAUUCUAAAUCUUACAGGAUGUCAGUGUCUUUCUAAACUACCUGAAGGGAUUGAAAAUUUGCGGAAUUUAAGUGAAGGAGAAGAAAUUGAAGGGGAAGAAAAUGUUUAAAAGAAGGUGCCUACUGUUUG